CCACCUUCAAAAUUAAUUGCCUCACCUUCUCUCACCUCUUAAUUUCUGCUUAUUUACAGUUUCUAUUUGAGUAACGAGGCUUUCUAAUGAAGGUUACGAAGUGGUGAAGAUGAAGGCAAAAGUACCAGCGGCUGUGGUCAACCCAGCUCCGGUUCAUGCUCUGGAUCACAAAAGGGAUGCGUAUGGGUUUGCAGUGAGACCUCAGCAUUUACAAAGAUACCGGGAAUAUGCAAAUAUAUACAAGGAAGAAGAGGAAGAGAGAUCAGAUAGAUGGAAAGACUUUCUUGAUAGGCAAUCAGAGACCACUCGAUUGCCCACCACUGAUUUGUCGGCAACCAAUAUAAAGGCUGAAGAUAGUUCCAAGAAUGUUAUCACUGAAAAAUACAAAGAGGAGCAAAAAUGGACUGAAAUAAGGCCAUCUCUUUGUUUCAUAGAGGAUUGGAUGAGCUCUCGUGUGAAAAAUGAGGUCAGUUUGAUUAGCAGAGAAGAGGCAUGCAAAGGGGACUCUGAGGAAGAAUUCCACGAUUUGGAUAUAACAGAAUCUGAGGAAGAAAGAACUUCACAGGAUUGUAUUUCUGACGGUUUUACCCUUUCAGAAUCUCGGCCUCCUUGGGAAGAGGAACUCAAAUGUCUUGUUCAAGGAGGGGUCCCGAUGGCACUAAGGGGAGAGAUGUGGCAAGCCUUUGUUGGUGUUAGAGCUCGUCGGAUAGAGAAAUACUACAACAAUUUACUUGAUCCGAGUAUUAAUGUAGAAGUUAAGAAAAAUGGGCUAGAGGAAAAGAAUCAUGAUGCGAAUUUUGAGAGUGUGGGUGUACCUGAAAAAUGGAAAAGCCAGAUUGAGAAGGACUUGCCUCGAACUUUUCCUGGUCAUCCUGCUCUAGAUGAGGGUGGUCGAAAUGCUUUAAGGCGUCUACUUACAGCAUAUGCCCGUCAUAAUCCCUCUGUUGGCUACUGUCAGGCCAUGAAUUUCUUCGCCGGCUUGUUAUUACUCUUGAUGCCAGAGGAAAAUGCAUUUUGGACCUUAACGGGUUUACUAGAUGACUACUUCGAAGGCUAUUAUUCGGAAGAAAUGAUUGAGUCUCAGGUCGAUCAGCUUGUUCUCGAGGAGUUAAUGCACGAAAAAUUCCCCAAAAUUGAGGAGCUCGAAACAGCAUUAAUGGAGAUGGUGGAGCAUGAUAAUCGCAAGCAACUGAGUGCACGGGUUGGGCAAUUGGAGCGUGAGGUCUCUGAACUUCGACAAGCACUUCUAUGCAAGCAUGAGCAAGAGAAUGCAAUGCUUAUGAUGUUAAUGAGGGCAGAACAAGAACAGAAGGCAACUGAGGAUGCCCCCCUAUCUGACGAGCAGGAUGCUGCUGCCCAGAAAUACGCAGCUCAAGUAAAGUGUGAAAAAGAAAAUGCUGCGCUAAUCGAGAUGGAAAACCGGGCAGUUAUGGCUGAGUCAAUGCUGGAAGCUACGUUGCAAUAUCAGUCGGUACAAUACAAAGCGCUUCAUUCUCCCCGGUAA